UCAGCUGCACCACGCAGAGGACUUUGUACAGUGAAGUCACCGUCCUGCAUCAUGCCUCGGUCUUUCCUCGUCCGGAGUAAGAGGGCUCAUCUUCUCAGCUCGUCUAAAGUCUCCUGUAGAGAAAACGUUCAGCUCCAGAGAGCUUCCAAGCAGCCUGAAAUGGGACAAGAAAAUAGGAACGGUGACCACGCAGGGCAGCGUUUGUCGCCUAUAUUAGGGGGCAAAGAGUUUCUGGGUGAAGCAUGUUCACCGUGGGAUGGUAUGGCAGUCCGCUCGCUUGGUUCGCAGACAGAAGAUCCAUGGCCUACAGAUAUUUCCAUCAUCUCUCCCCUGAAGAGCAGAGAAACUUCUCUAAAGGCCUCGUCCUGGUCCUCAGACAGACACGAGGCAUCUGAAAGAGAAAGAGAACUGGAGCGACUGGUCUUCAUGCUGCUCAACCACAUGUCGCACACUGACCUUAAAUCCCCCGUCAGCGAUUGUCUGCUCUGUGAGAAGUCUUCUUCAGAGUUGCUGAAAUCAGGAGGCGGCCUGGAGACGAACAGUUACAGCAGCCUGUCCAUCCCACUAAUAGGAUCUCCCACAGCCACAGAUGUUCCUCAUCUGCCCUUUGGAUUCAGAACAAUAGGCAGCUACACCAGAGCUAAGGAUCGAAGCUUUGGCUGCAAAGUGUGCGGGAAAGUGUUCAAACGCUCGUCCACGCUGUCCACACACCUCCUGAUCCACUCAGACACCAGACCGUACCCUUGUCAGUACUGUGGGAAAAGAUUUCAUCAGAAAUCAGACAUGAAAAAACAUACCUUCAUACACACAGGUGAGAAACCACACGUGUGUAAGGUGUGUGGUAAAGGAUUCAGCCAGAGCUCCAACCUCAUCACCCACAGCCGGAAGCACAACAGCUACCGUCCAUUCAGCUGUCCUCACUGUCAGCUCAGCUUCCAGCGCAAGAUCGACCUGCAGCGCCACCAAGAGACGCAGUGUGGAUAUGGCGUUUACAGCCAAAACUGA